AAACAUGUCCUGGUUCAAUGUACACAAUUCCUCUCUUUUUUGUUAUAUUGAAUUUUAAUUGCAUUUUCAUACGAAACAUACUGUCUCCGACAUCUUAGGAUCUAACAAUCACAACCAUGGUAGAUGUAGAAGCCUUCAUUCAAUCCCCAGAACACAGACCAAAAUCCUCAAUAAUCAUAGCUGAAGGAAUCCCUCUAAUUGAUCUCUCUCCCAUAAACUACAAAGACACCACAAGCUCACUUUCCAUCGAAACCUUAGUCAAAGAAAUAGGCAGUGCAUGUAAAGAGUGGGGUUUCUUUCAAGUGAUUAAUCACAAAGUGCCUUUGGAUAAACGUGAGAGGAUUGAAGAAUGUGCAAAGAAGUUUUUUGGACUUAGUUUGGAAGAGAAGGUUAAAGUGAGAAGAGAUGAAGUUAAUUUGCUUGGGUAUUUUGAAGCAGAGCAUACCAAGAAUGUUAGGGAUUGGAAGGAAGUUUAUGAUUUUAAUGUGCAACAACCUACUUUUAUACCACCUUCACUUGAUCAAAAUCUUCACUUUCAAUGGGAUAAUCGAUGGCCUCACAUUCCUCCUCAGUUUAGGGAAGCAUGCGAAGAAUAUGCAGAAGAAGUAGAGAAACUAGCUUAUAAACUGAUGGAACUUAUUGCAAUGAGCUUAGGCUUAGAACCAAAUAGGUUCCGUGAUUUCUUCAUACAUAACACUAGCAAUAUCAGACUCAACCAUUAUCCACCUUGCCCUUACCCUCAUCUUGCUCUUGGUCUUGGACGACACAAGGACACUGGUGUCUUAACUGUGCUUGCUCAAGAUGAUGUUGGUGGUUUACAAGUUAAGAGAAAAUCAGAUGGAGAGUGGAUUCAAGUCAACCCCAUUUUCAAUUCAUUCAUCAUUAAUGUUGGUGAUAUGAUUCAGGUUUGGAGCAAUGACGCAUAUGAGAGUGUAGAGCACAGGGUUAUGGUGAACUCUGAAAAAGAUAGAUUUUCCAUUCCGUUUUUUCUGAAACCGGCACUCUACACCGAUGUCAAGCCAUUGGAAGAGUUGACAGAUGAUAGAAACCCUCCAAAAUAUUCACCAAUCAAUUGGGGCAAGUUUCGCACCGCAAGAAUGCAAAGUAAUUUUGCUAAAUCUAACAUUGAUAACUUGCAAAUUUAUCAUUUCAAACUUUCCUAGUAAAGUGAGUUUCAGUUGAUGCAUUGAAUACUCCACAUAAUGUAACCUUCAAGAAUUUACACUCUCUAUAUAUAAGAUGAAUGAUAGAAAUACAUUAUUUAGCACGCUUUUUUUUU